AGAAAUGAUAUGCUUUAUAAAGGAAUUCACAGCAAUAAAGCCAGUUAUUAUCACAGUUUCAUAGAAACCGGAAAACAUGAAGUCGAAUGUGAACAUUUUUAGAUGAAGUAUUAUCAGUGACUCUCAAAAUGUUUUCUGGAAUUUCAUAAACUCAUCCUUACUCUUUAUUUCUAAUGCAGAACGUUUGAAGAUAGCUUGAAUACAAUAAAUUUUAUCGAAAUUCUACCUAUAUAUAUACAUAUACAUCAAACUUCAAUAAUAAAAAUCUGGCGCCGCUGAAUAAAAACAAGUUUAUACUUAUAGAAAGACAAAUGAACACAGUGCGAAAGCUAGGAAUUUAUGAAUUAAAGGCGAUUUGAUGUUGUAGUGUGUGCAUAAAUUUUUUACUUUUCUGGUAAACGAAUAUUUGAACUGUUCGUCCACCAAUAAGAUCAUCGACACAAGGUCACAUAAAACAUGCAACAGCGUGGUUGGAUAUAAUUAGUUACAUAACAAAGGAAAACUGGAUAAAAAUUGACUGGGCAGUCGCAUUUGAUUAAAAUACGUAGCAACAAAUUUUUAUUCAGAAACUGUGACUGAUAUUCAAAACGUUUUAAGAUGGAUGAAAAAAUUUUACUCGAUCAAUUUCGUCAAAUGGAUAAAGAUGGAAAUGGGACUCUGUCAAAAAGAGAAAUAAGACAUUGUAUGAAGUUAAGUGGAUUUAAUGAAGCCUUUCUUACGGAAUUUAUCAAAACAUUCGAUUUAGAUGGAGAUGGUGAAAUAACUUUAGAAGAAUAUGAAAAAGUACUAAAUAUUGUUCCAAAAGAAGAAAAGGAGGCAGCUGUUUGGCGUAGCGUAUUUAACGACAUGGAUAAAGAUCAUUCUGGGAAAAUAUGUGUUUCUGAAGUAAUUAUAUAAUUCGCACCAUGUGAUACACAGUUCCACAUUGAAACAAUAUGGAAAAUGGAGAGUUUUUUCCAGUUGGUUUAGAACUUCGAAAACAUUUAACAGAUGUAUGACUGAAUCGCUUUCAACCCUCUCCAAUCAACUUCAAGUUAUGCCUUUGAAAAUUAUCCUUGAUACGUACAUAAAAAUAUUUGGGACAUUUUUGUUAUAGACAAAACAAUGAUCAAGAAUAUAGUUUUCGAUCUACUGAAAUCAAACAUUUUAUCGUCAUCAUAGCCAGUUAUUUUUUACACAGAUGUAUUAAAACGUUUUAAGCCAUAUCUAAGUUUUGUUCAGUGUAAAUUCUUCAUAACCCAAGCCUAAUUAAAACCAUAGACAAAUGCAGAUUUAUUCAUGGUAAAUAAAACAAUAACUUAAAGCAAAGUAACCAAUUUGAAUUUUGUUCUAAACUAUACCAAAAUUUCUCGUCACCGUGCACUUUGUGAUACGUACCAGUUUAUUAUUCAUUGAACUACAAGGGGUCAAGAAGACAGUUCAUUUAAAAUGUUUUUUAAAAUGCUAAUUAACUAAUGACAGGGCAGUUUAUAAUGGUGGAUGUACAUAUUCGUAAAAUCGAGUUAAUACUGAAAAUUUAGUUUCCUCCUAUUUUUGUACAAAUAAUGGUCGGUAACGUUAUCUGCGAUUUGAGUUGAGCAAAUGAAUAUUGACUUGGAAUACUUGCCGUAGUUUUGGUGAAUUACGAUGUUGAAUCAAACGUCUAUGGUCGCAAGUCACUUUCGAUACAACGAUAAUCAAUGUUUAAAACUCAACUUAUAACAAAUAAGCACUGCUGUAACUACCAUGAACGUUGCACAGAUUAUUUAAGCGAAUUUUAUUCUUCAGUCAAAUAGGUUCAAAAGAUAUACAAAAUGGACGUGUCUAACAGAUGAAUGUAAAUUUAGUUCUCUUGAUAAUUAAUAUGCAUAGCAAUAGAUAUUUCUAAAAUUCCGCUAUUAAACACUGAGAAGCCUCAGAAUCAAUGUGAAUUAUGAAUGAUCUAAAUUCUUUUUUAUUCAAAGUUUUAUACUGCGAAACUUGAACGUACCAGCUUUCCUAACGAAAACAAAUGCUUUAGUUACGAUUGCAUGACAAAUAGUGAAGAAACAAACUUUAAAAACCUUACUGAUGUACACUUCUAUGAUGAAUACGCUACUCUCUAUUCCAAUCGAUACUCCAUAGACUAUGUAAACUUUUCAUUCAAUACAACCUUAAAAUUAUGUCGAUUUUAUAAAACGGACAUCAAAUGUGGAUAAUCACUUCCAAAUUCUGAAAAAUGUUAAAAAGUUAUAGCUCAGAAAAUAUAAAAAGAUCAGUUUCGAUACAGAAUGAUCCCAUAUUCAAAUCUGAAUAAUGACAGGGAUUUAAUUGUAAAAAAAACAAUCUAAAAAGUAUUUCACAAACAACAAAUUUUGGUUAAUGAAGUAACUAACGGCAUUAAAGUUAUUAAGAACGAUUUCAAUAAUUUCCGAAAAACUCCGACCCAUCCUUAAAUCGUUAAUGUGGACCGCUUUGUCGAGAAUCACAAAGACACAUUUAGUAUUUUUUACUAAUGAAAAUAAUACACCAUUUAAAACAACUUAGGCAACAUUGUUGAAUGACAGAUCAUUUUGAUACAAUUGAAGUUAGACAUUAAACUGGUGAUAAAUUUCUUCAAAAUAAAUCAAC